AAGUCGGAGGUCAAAUCUGCAGGCCGGAGCUUGACCUCUUGAAUGUGAAGAUGAGAAAAGUAUCUGAAGACAAAGUUUGCUUAUUAUUUCCUAUGACUUCUGAUAAGAACUAUUGAUGUGCACUUCUGAUUCAGACUGCUAUGUAUUUUUCGUUGGUCGAUAUUCGUUCUGCGGCCUAGGUGAUUUCGCAAGGUCGACCUGUUCAAUCGCAGCCAAAUAAUCUACAUGUCCACUGCCACUUUUUUCCUCUCGCUCGCGCCCAGAAAAAUGCAUGAUAACAUGUUGAAGAAAUUUCUUCAUCCGAUGCAAAAGUUGGUGAGGCCACGGAAAUGUAUUUAAGAUUCAUUACUUCCACACAAGAGGAAGACAUUACAUCUCACCACACCACCUACUCACUUCCUCACUUGAUCAAACUAAACUUCUACAACCUAAUCAUCUAUUCUUAAUAAAUUAUCAUGCCUAGUCAAGGCAGUGGUCAAGGCAGUGGUCCAGAUCCAUCUCAAAAGAGACGUACCCGACUCGACGCCGUCGCCGAACUGAAAAAUAAAACCAAUACCCCAAAAGCAAAAGCAGCCGCCAAGGCUGAGAAUGAAGCCAAGAGAACCCAACUUACAGAACUGUAUAAAACGUUUGAAGGUAUAAAAGCUAAAAUCGAAGCUGAUUUAGAAGAACAAGAACAAGAGAGACGGAAGCUGCUAAAAGAGAAUAUAAGAAAGAAUGUAGCUGCUCACUGGGCGAAAGAGAACAAGAAAGAAGAAGAGCUCAAGAGAAAUGGAAAUAGCAGUGCUUCUAGUGGAGAAAAGAAACGUCUGAAUAGAACGGGUAGUAGUUCCAGUACAGAUAAGUCAAAGGGAAAAGGGGCUGUGAAGAAGUCUGUUUCUUAGGCGGAAGGAUCUUAGGGGAAGCAUAAGUUGUGAAGUUGUGAGUUU